UUCAGGGUUGGUGUUCAAGAGAAGAGGGUUGAGGAUCAUGUCUAACAGGGUGGAGAUCAGAAAGAAGGCUCGAGAUAUAGAGCUUUGGGAACUAAGGCAAAUGCUGCAGGAUCCGAGUAUUGAUAUUUUGAAUGAUGUUGAUGCCAAGUUCGAGAAAGACCCUGAUAGAAUAAUCACGGAACUUGAAUUAAAACAUAAAAACCCUCAAAACGAUUUUAUGAAUAAGCUAUCUUUACCCAAAGGUUCUGAAGCUCCGAGGGAAUUACGAAGAAAAGAAUUUGUUUUAAGAAAUUCAACUUUAACAAAUCUUUGGAGAAGUCCUAAUGUACGCUCUUUAUACAACUUAAUUCUUGCUUUUUUUGUAUUCCUGUACCUGCACAUCGCUAUCUUCUAUUACUUUAAUGUCGAACGGUUAAAAAGAGAUUUAGCAUUGGUUUCAUGGUCAUUUGGUCAGUUUCACAUUGUUACUGCCGUAUGGAUUGGCAUCAACUUAUCGAUUGUUUUCUUUUUACAUCCUGUCUUUCGAUUCUGGGCUUCUUCUAGAGCAUUUGCGAAGAAGAAGGGCCUUUAUGAUUUGAUGUUUUGCACUUUAUUCGUUUUGUAUGAAGCGGCUUUGCUGAUAAUUCCACCAAAAAUAAUCAUAGACUGCAAUAUACCACCCGCAUCAUCUUGCGCGUUAGUAAUGGAACAGGAAUCAAACUCACCUCCUUGUCUAGAAGUAGGAAAACUGAUAUAUUUUUUAUUUGCACCUACAUUAAUUUACAGAGAUAGCUAUCCAAGAUACAAAAAGGAAAAAUCCUUAACAUCUGGUAUUCGCUGGGGUUUCGUUGCCUGGAAUCUUUUGCAAUUAUUUCUUAUUGUAUUGGGUGACUAUAUUGUCUACAUUUGUUUCUUAGCGAAUAGCUUCAACAAGGCGGGCAUUGAACCCAUACCCAUCACUCAUUUUGUGUGUUUGAUGGCUAUUGCAAUCUUCGCAGGUAGUAUGAUCUCGUUCGUAACGUUUUAUCCCAUAUUACACUGUUUGCCGAAUGCUUUUGCUGAAAUGCUGAGGUUUGGCGACAGAUUGUUUUAUGAAGAUUGGUGGAACUGUACUUCCUAUAAAAAAAUUUACCGAUCUUGGAAUAUACUUGUACAUGAUUGGCUGUACUUCUACAUAUAUUGUGAUAUGUACGCUAUUUUGAAAAGCAGAACUGUUGCUAUGUUGUCAGUGUUUCUGCUAUCUGCAAUUGUUCAUGAAUAUAUCGUAGCCGUUUCUCUCAGAUUUAUAUUCCCUCCUUUAUUCACAUUAUUUUACAUAGCUGGUAUUAUAUUCAUUUUUAUGACUCGAAGAAGAACCUCAAACUUCUGGAACUUUUUCCUUUGGUUUACUUUGUUGCUAGGAUAUGGACUUUUACUAGUUUUCUACUCUUUGGAAAUGUCUGCCAGGAUCAACUGCCCGAGGAUUUUAGCCAGACCAUUUCACCUACACCUACCAAAUUUGGUACAUGUAUACCUUGGAGGUCGGGAAUGUGCACCUGGGGUUCCUUUUUUUGAAUUUUUAAUUAGAAUUUUAACUUUUAAUUAAAAACUAACUUUCCCGCCAAACAAAUUAUUUCUUUCCCCACCGCCAAAUGAGUAAGGCUUCAACAUUUUUUCCCAACAGCAAUGAGGCUUAGGCGUAACAUUUUCCUGCCGAUUAAUUCAAACGAUUCUAUUCAUUUUCUUAAUGUUUUAUGCAUUUAAAAUUAAAGAUUAUUAAUUAAUCGAUCUUUCAGAUUCAUUCUGAAGUACUUUUGAAUUAAAAUAACUCAGAUUAAAGGAAAUUAAAAAUUUCUAAUCGGCAUAGCGU